CGGAGUGACGCGUCCUGUUCGAAGGGAAGAGCGAGCGCGAGACAGAGAAGUUGAGAGUUUUACCUCAGAGUAACUUCAUGGACGGGAAAAAAAGUUGGCAAAAUCUCAUUUUUUAUGGAUUUAUCCGCUCCAACAGGAGACUGUGAGAACGAAUGAGGCUUUCAACAUCAUUUUCUUUACGUUUUCGUGUCAGUAAUUUGAAACUUAGGUGUUUUUUUUUUGCCCUUUAUCGAGCUGAACGUUAGUCUCGGUGUGUAAAACUCGCCUCGCGCUCGCGACGCUUAUGAGGAUUUCUCACAGAAAAAUAUGGGCCGAUUUCCCGGUGUGUCUUCGGGCAAAGUCAUUCUCUUCAUAGUUUCCUGGAUCCCUGUUUCAUAUGCUCUGCAGUGUGUGGAUCCUGUAAACCCGUGCGUGAACAAUGCCAGCUGUGUCACCUACGCCAACGGAACGGGAUACUGCAGGUGUCCUCCGGGGUAUCUGGGUGAAUACUGCCACCACAAGGACCUGUGCCAGCCGGAUUACUGUUUGAAUGGAGGGUCGUGUAAGAUGGCGAGCACUGGCCUGCCCAAUAACCCUGUGUGUGUGUGUCCACUCGGGUUCACCGGCGCACGCUGCCAAGAGCAGAACGAAUCACUGUGUUACCCCAAGAACCCCUGUAAAAACGGGGGCACCUGUUCCCUUCAGCUCAAUGACCAAUACACCUGCCAGUGCAGACCCGGAUGGACGGGUUCACGUUGUGAACUCGUAGACAGCUGCGUUUCCUCUCCGUGUGCCAACGGUGGAACCUGCACGCCUCUUUCCGACGAAAAGUUCUCCUGCAAGUGUCAGUCCGGCUACGAAGGGCCUCGCUGCCUGAACGACGUGGACGAGUGCGCGCAGGAACCGUCGCUGUGCCUUAACGGUGGUGUGUGUAAUAACAUCCCCGGCUCGUAUCGUUGCAACUGCCCCACUGAGUUUACGGGGUCCAGAUGCGAAAAGGCUUACGUCCCUUGUGUUCCGUCACCCUGCAUGAACGGCGGAACCUGCAGGCCGACGUCCGAGACCACCUACUGGUGCCACUGUCUUCCAGGUUUUAAUGGAACGAACUGCGAAGUGAACAUCGACGACUGUCCGGAUCAUAAGUGUCAGAACGGAGGAACCUGCAUGGAUGGAGUGAACACCUACAACUGCCAGUGUCCUCCUGAGUGGACUGGUCAGGAUUGCACAGACGACGUGGACGAGUGUCGCCUGCAGCCCAACACCUGUCAGAACGGUGGUACUUGCAGUAACAUGCCUGGCGGCUACACCUGUGUGUGUGUGAACGGCUGGAGUGGGCCGGACUGCUCUGAGAACAUCGACGACUGUGCUCUCGGUCCCUGCUCCGCCGGCUCCACCUGCAUCGACCGCGUCGCUUCUUUCUUCUGCAGUUGCCCAUUCGGCAAAACCGGUUUGCUGUGUAACAUUGAUGAUGCCUGCAUUAGUAACCCCUGCAGGGCAGGAUCUCAAUGUGACACCAAUCCUCUGAACGGCAAAUUCAACUGCAACUGCCCCUUCGGAUACAAAGGCAACACCUGCAAUGACGAUGUCAACGAGUGCACCAUCGGGCCGAAUCCGUGUGAGCACGGCGGCACGUGCGAGAAUACGGCCGGCUCGUUUAUUUGUAAGUGUGCACGUGGAUACACGGGACCCCGGUGCGAGCAGGACGUGAACGAGUGCGGCUCAAACCCCUGCCAGAAUGACGCCACGUGUCUGGACCAGAUUGGCGAUUACACCUGCAUCUGCAUGCCAGGUUUCCAAGGACUCCACUGUGAGAACGAAGUGGACGAGUGCAUCAGCUCACCGUGCCUCAACAACGGAAAGUGUCAGGAUCAAGUCAGCCGCUUCAUCUGUGACUGUCCUCAGGGAUUCACAGGAGAUAUGUGCCAGUAUGACACCGAUGAAUGUGCCAGCACUCCGUGCCAAAACGGAGCCAAGUGCAUUGACCAGCCCAACGGCUAUGAGUGCGAGUGUGCGGAAGGAUUCACUGGCCCGCUGUGUUCAGAGAACAUCGAUGACUGCAACCCGAAGCGCUGUCACUACGGCACUUGUAAGGACGGCAUCGCCAUGUUCACGUGCGAGUGUGAACCAGGUUACAUGGGUCAGAUCUGCAAUGAGCAGAUUAACGAGUGUCAGAGUGACCCGUGCCAGAACGGAGGGCGCUGCGUUGAUCGUGUCAACGAGUACCAGUGCAACUGCCUGCCGGGAACCUCUGGUGUGAACUGUGAACACAACACCAACGAGUGUUUGAGUAACCCGUGUCAGCACGGUGUGUGUAAGGACGGAAUUAACAAGUACAAAUGUGUGUGCGAUCCAGGAUACACAGGUGAGCGGUGUAACGUGGAGAUAGACGAGUGCAGCUCAAACCCGUGUCUCAGUGGAGGAACAUGUGUGAAUAAAGUGAAUGGGUUCGAGUGUCAGUGUCCACCUGGGACUCACGGCCUGCUCUGCCACUCCGGAGCGGAUCACUGCGCACCUCAACCGUGCCGCAACGGAAAGUGUGAGGAGAAGCAAAACGGUUACCACUGUGUGUGUUUCCCUGGAUACGAGGGUCAGAACUGCGAUCAGGAGAAGAACGAAUGCGAGUCCAACCCCUGUCAGCAUGGAGGAAGCUGUCAGGAUGGCAUGAACACCUACACCUGCAAGUGCCUGCACGGCUACACUGGUGUGAAUUGCGAGAUAAAUAUUAAUGAGUGUCAGUUGAACCCCUGUGAGAACAAAGGCACCUGCAUCGAUGGAAUUAACAGCUACAGCUGCCACUGCCUGCUGCCUUACACAGGGAGGCACUGCGAGCAAGAGUUGAUGCCGUGUGCGACUCAGCCGUGUCAGAGAGGAGGCGUGUGUCAGCCGUCAUCGGAUUACACUUCCUACACCUGCAAGUGUCCCAGCGGUUGGCGAGGAACCCAGUGUACAGAUGACGUGGACGAAUGUAAGAAGAACCCGUGUCUAAACGGUGCUCACUGUCUGAACAACCAGGGAAGCUACAUGUGCAGAUGCCAGCCUGGGUACAGCGGUGUGAACUGCCAGACUAACAUCGACGACUGCAGCUCCAACCCCUGUAUCAACGGUGGCUCGUGCAUAGACAAAGUGGGUCGGUUCUCGUGCGAGUGCAGGCCGGGUUUCUCUGGCGAGCGAUGUGAGGAGGAGGUGAAUGAGUGCGAGAGCACCCCCUGCAGGAACGGAGGAAAAUGCACCGAUUUUGUCAACAGCUACACGUGCCAGUGUAAGCCCGGCUUCACCGGCAUCAACUGCGAACGCAACAUCCCCGAAUGCACAGAGACAUCAUGUCUAAAUAACGGCACAUGUGUUGAUGGCAUAAACCAUUUCUCCUGUCGAUGCCGUCCCGGGUUCACUGGCUCGUUCUGCCAGUACGAGAUCAACGAGUGUGAAUCUCAGCCAUGCAAAAAUGGCGGCACCUGCACGGACGGCCUGGGAACUUUCCACUGCACCUGUCCUAUGGAGUAUACCGGCCGACUCUGCCAGUCGAUGGCGAAUCUGUGCAAAAACAUCCAGUGUAGGAACGGUGGAGAGUGCGUGCAGCAGGGGACGACGUGGAGCUGUCGGUGUCCUCAGGACUGGAGCGGCCUCUACUGUGACAUCCCUAACAUUUUGUGUCAAAAUGCUGCAAGCAAGAAAGGUGUAGCAGUGGAGCAGCUGUGUCAGAAUGCUGGAGUGUGUAGAAACAAGGAUAAUACACACUACUGUUUAUGUCAGCAGGGCUGGACAGGCAGCUACUGUGAGAUGGGUAUCGAUGAGUGUCUGUCCAGUCCCUGCAGGAAUGGAGGGACAUGUGUGGACUAUCAGGGAGGAUAUGACUGCCAGUGUAAACCAGGGUAUCAGGGGGUGAACUGCGAGUACGAUGUCAAUGAGUGUCACUCAAACCCGUGUCGUCAUGGAGGAACCUGCAUCAACCUCGAGAACCACUACUACUGCUCUUGUCCACCUGGAACCAAAGGUCAGCAGUGCGAGGUGGAUGUAGACGAGUGUUCCACAGAGUUUGGGCCGCCCUGUUUGAACGGCGGUCGCUGUGCGGACAGGAUUGGACACUACACGUGUGUGUGUCCUCCUGGUUUUACUGGUGAACGUUGUGAAGGGGACAUUAACGAGUGCCGGCCAUAUCCCUGCCACAGCACCGGCAGCCUCGACUGUGUCCAGCUAGCCAACGACUACCAGUGCCGAUGUCGUCUCGGUUACACCGGUCGUCUUUGUGAGUCGAUGGUAGAUCUUUGUCAGUCGAAACCCUGCCACAACGGAGGCAAGUGCUCCAUGAGCACAAGCUCAGACCAUGGAUACAGCUGCACCUGUUUACCUGGCUAUACAGGCUCCAACUGCGGUGAUAUCGAGGACUACACAUGCGCCAACCUACGCUGUCAGAACGGCGGACAAUGCCAGAAGUCCCCCUCGGGCCGUCCACAGUGCGGUUGCCCGUCCGGCUUCUCGGGGCCACUGUGCGAAAUCGAAAACCCGCCCUGUUCUUGCCAAAAUGGAGGCAUGUGCAUACAAAAACAGCACAAACCUAACUUGUUCUCUUGCCACUGCCAAGAUGGCUACAGCGGCGAACACUGCCAGAACAAAGUCAGUGCCACGUCCUGCCCUUAUGUGGAGUGUCAGAAGAGUCGUGGGGACACGGUGUGUGACCCACAGUGUAAGAACGUGGAGUGCGACUGGGACGGAGGAGACUGCACGCUGCAGUGGCUCAACCCCUGGAAGACCUGCACGGCCACUGUGCCUUGCUGGAUGUACUUCCAUAACGGCCGGUGCGACCCCGAGUGUAACAACCCCAACUGCCUCUAUGACCGCUUCGAGUGCCGGCAUGGCCCGGUGCCCGUGCCCAGCACGUGCAAGUACGAGAUUUACUGCCGAGACCACUACCAGAACGGCCACUGUAACGAGGGCUGUAACACGGCGGAGUGCGGCUGGGACGGUCUAGACUGCUCUAUCGACAAGGCUCCUCAGCUGGCGGACGGCACGCUCAUCAUCGUGGUGCUGCUGCAUCCCACAGAGCUUCUCGGAGAUAUGAAGGGCUUCCUGCGCUCACUUGGCAUGCUGCUUCACACCAACGUGCGCCUUAAACUCAACGAUCAGCAAGAGCCCAUGGUCUAUCCGUAUUACGGCGACGAACAGGACAAAUUGAACGCCGGCGCUGCAAAACGACUCGGCAAGAGGGAACUGAAGAAGGAGGUUAUCGGGUCCAAAGUUUUUCUGGAGAUUGAUAACCGUCAGUGCGCCGAGACGUCCAAAGAAUGUUUUUCCAGCACCGAACAGGCUGCCUCGUACAUCGCGGCCGAGGCCCUCAGCGACACGCUGAGUUAUCCCAUCAUCUCUGUGGACAGUAGGCCACCUGAGGACUACAGCCCUCCUCUUUUCUACCUGGUUGCCGUGGCAGCUGCCAUCAUCUUGCUUAUCCUGAUUCUGGGAGUUUUGGUCGCCAAACGUAAACGCAAAAACGGCAUCCUCUGGCUGCCGGAUGGGUUUCUGGCCAAGAAAGACAGCAAACGGAGAGAACCCGUGGGCCAAGAUGACUUUGGCAUGAAAAGCCUGCAGAAAUCACAGAUGGAUGGCAGUGCUGAUCAUCACUGGCCAGAGGAGGAGCACCGGCCCAAGAAGCCACGGUUGGAAGAUAAGCCAUUGCUGGGGGUGGAUACAGGAGUGGACCGUCGUGAGUGGACCCUGCAGCACCAUAAAGCUGCUGAUAUCACCCUCACCCCACCUCAGGCCGAUAUCGACAUGGACUGUCUGGAUGUCAAUGUGAAAGGACCUGACGGUUUCACUCCUCUAAUGCUGGCAUCUCUGAGGGGUGGCAGCAGCCCCGAGUGCGUCAGUGUCUUAGCCGACGAGGAGGAGGAGAGCGGAGUCGACGAACCUGGGACGAACAUGAUCAGUGACCUGAUCUCACAGGGCGCUACGCUUAACGCACAGACGGAACGCACGGGCGAGACGGCUCUUCACCUGGCCGCCCGCUACUCCCGUGCCGACGCCGCAAAGAGGCUGCUGGACGCCGGCGCCGACCCCAACGCUCAUGACAACAUGGGUCGCACUCCGCUGCACGCAGCCAUCGCUGCCGACGCUCAGGGCGUCUUCCAGAUCCUUAUACGUAAUCGUGCCACCGAGCUGGAUGCGAGGAUGAAUGAUGGAACUACUCCUUUAAUCCUGGCAGCCAGAUUGGCUGUGGAGGGCAUGGUGGAGGAGCUGGUGCACUGCCAUGCUGACGUAAAUGCUGUGGACGACCAUGGUAAAUCCGCUCUGCACUGGGCUGCUGCCGUGAACAACGUGGAGGCCACGCUGGUGCUGCUGAAGAACGGUGCCAAUCGAGACAUGCAGGACAACAAGGAGGAGACGCCGUUGUUCCUGGCUGCACGUGAAGGCAGUUUCGAGGCGGCUCAGGUCCUCCUGGAUCACUACUCCAACCGUGACAUCACAGAUCACCUGGACCGUUUACCACGUGACACGGCUCAGGAACGCAUGCACCACGACAUUGUUCGCCUGCUCGACCAGUACAAUCUGGUGCACAGCCCCCAUUCUGGAUCGAACCAUGUAGGAAACGGUGGGGGUGGACAUCCAUCUGUGGUCUGCACCAGUAACGGAGUCAUCGGUAUGCGACCAGGACAGCAGAACAAGAAGAAUCGGCGUGGCGGAGGGGGUGCUGCCAAACUGGGUGGACCUAAUGGUGCUGGGGGCGGAGUCAAAGAUCUGAAGGAGAUGAAAACCAAGCGCAGGAAGAAACCAGCUGGAGGAGAAGCGUCAGGAUUGGCUACAUCCAGUGGUAACGUAGCAACCGUGACUGCUAACUCUAAUGGCACCAAGGGACCGACGACAGCCGGGACGGGUGGACUUUCAGAAAGCUCAGUCACAAUGUCACCAGUGGAUUCUCUAGAAUCGCCGCAUUCGUACACUACGGAUGCCUCGGGAGCUGUUAAUAUGGCUAAAUCACCACCCCUGAUGACACGCCCCCUCCUGCCCCCUGUCAGCCACAUGCUGGCGCAGCAACCGAGCUGGGUGGGUGUGGCUAAGCACGGCUAUGCGGCGCCCCACAUUUUCAGUCACAUGAUUCCCCACCAGAUGGCGGUGGCACGCUCGGGCAUGUCGCAGCACCAUCACGGCUCGGGGAUGCUUGGGCCCGUGAAUGUUUCUGUGAAUCGAGAGCAGCUUCCAUCGAUCGUCACCUUCCAGAUGAACCAGGCACUUCUCAAGCCAAACCAGCAGGGGGCCAUGCAGGUGAGUCAGUCCCAGACCCAGGGCCUUAACCACAUGCACUGCGGCCAGGAGAUGAUGUAUAACAUGCAGGAGGCAGGGCUACAGCAUGGCAUCUCGCACCUGCACGGCCUUGCCCAUAACAUUGCGGAGCCUCAGGUGAGGCAGGUGACGCCUUACCACCAGCAAAUGCAGAGCCCUGUGGAUAAAUACCCGACUCCUCCCUCGCACCGCAGUUAUGCCAGCGGUGCCGGGUCAGAGGUGGUGACGACUCCUGGUCAGGGCUCUGAGGUCACGACCCCGGGUCACGGAGCUCCGCCCUCUAGCGAGCACCCGUACCUGACGCCGUCGCCCGAGUCACCCGAUCCCUGGUCCUCCUCGUCUUCGCCACAUUCACAUUCAGACUGGUCCGACGUAACCACAAGCCCACACGCUGCGCUGCACACUCACGCGCACCCUCACACACACGCACACACUCAUGUUCCAGAGCAGGCUCCUCUGCUACAGCCGCAGCCCUCGCAGUCGGCACAGCAGUCGCUGCAGCAGCAAGCCUGCAGCAGUGUGUAUGCGUAAUAACACAAAAGAACUGCUUGUUGCUGUGUCAACCUGACUGUGGUGUUUUUUGUAUGCAGUUUAACUUCAUAAAAGUCUCUCUUUCACUCUCUCUCUCUCUCUCUCUCUCUCACUCUUAACGCUCUGUCUUUUUUAUACACUAUGCAUACAGUCACCUGUGGAGUUUAUAUGGAAUCAGUAACCCUCCUUUUAUUGAGUGAUACAGAGAACGAAGCGUUCAAUCCGACUCCGGACCCCAUUUACGCUUGCACUCGUGUCGUAGGUCUCGAACUCUGUGGCGUUCUCCAUUUCUUGCUGCCUUUUUCUGAAUACAAAUAACAUUUUCUCUCGUGUCUGACCUUUUGACCUGGGACCGAAUACGAAUAUUUCAAACGCGUUUCCGUGUAGACGUGGCGAUUCGUGCGCACGGCAAACACGACGCCAUCGUUUAGACGAACGGGGCGGGUGUAAAAAUGGCACAGACUGAGGACCGAACCAGCAAACCAGACGUUUAUCAGCGUCUCUGGACAAUCGUAAAACAGCAAAGACUGUGAGCUGGAAGUAAAAGUUUUCGAUGUGGUGGCCAUGUUUUUUUUUUUGUUUUUUUUUAACGUUGAAGGAAAUCAGAUCUGGAAUAAAGUGCAACCACUCUGUUUUAUUUUACUUUUUCUUUUAUUUUUUUAAUUCUUUUUAAAUAUUGCUUUUUCCAAAGCUUAUAUAUUGUUAAGAAUGGACUUACUAACCAUUUGUAAAUGUUUUUUUGUUUUUUUUUUAUGUUAUGGGUCAUGGUUACAUUUGAGCUAAAAAAAACUGCCUUGUUAGAUUGUUUUUUGUUGCCUUUUUUUUUUGUGCACAGCCCGAGUCUGACUUACGCUGAUGCAACUUAUUCGUUUCAGUUACAGCAAUAAUCCUUAGCGUUAGCAUCUUUUGUUCAAUUUCGAGGAUUUUACAACAGCCUCUUUGGCUCGGUUCUAGAUGCCUUGAUUGUCACGUUGGGCUCUGACUUGACCUCGCUGUGGUUUCUGGAGAUGUUGCGUUGUUGUGAUGUUCAGCAUGACUUUGAUGGCCCUGAGAUUGUGAUUCACUGUAGGCUGAAUGACUGCCUUUGUAAGAAAUGAUGACGGGUUUCAACACACAUUUCAGAAAUUCUUAAACUAACUGUACAUUGUUCGUGAGAAAUUGGCGAUUUUAAAUGUGUGUAUAUUCAGAAUUGAGUCCGUUGAGUUCGUUAAACACACAAGUGACAAAUCGUUGUGGUCGAUUCCGAGCUAAUCACAGGAUCAGAAUUCUGUCCCCGUUUAACUUCGGUUAUUACGACGGUUUAGUAUUUAACUGUCACAGUUACUGCAACUUUUAACCCCUUAAAUUCAUCAGUUUUUCUUUUUUAUUAAUGACGUACAGGGUCAAACAUCACCGACUCUGUUUAUAACUUUUAAUCUGUUCAUUUUAAUCCCAUAAUGCACCAUGUAGCUCGGUUUGACGGCGUUACUACGGUAAUAUCCUAUUAGACUCCACCAAAAAAGACAUUUUUCCUUUUCAUAUGAAAAAUCGAUCGUCUCUUUGGGGUUUUUUCCUCAGGUCUCGUGUUACAGAGGAUUCUCAAACCUCAAAAAACUUCUUAAAAAAAACUUCCUUAUACAGAAGAUUACAGUCCAUCGUACCGGUUCCCGCGGGCGAGCCGUCGCUAUAGAAACUAUAUUACGAGCACCUUAAUGCAACCUUGGGAUUUCUGUCAUAGAAAAUGAAACUUUCUUCUAACCAAACAGAAUCCAAAAUUCAGCAGCACUCUGGUACAAGUUUACAGCGAUUGUUGCUCGACGGCCAUUUGUCUCUUUCUACCGACGAUUAAACAGGAAAACAUUUCACGCCUGAUUCUAAAACGUCGCCUGAUCUGAGCGUCUCGAUGUUAGCGGGAAAUCUUUUUUUUUUCUUUUUUAUUUCUUCGCUUUAAUUUUAUUUAAACCAUUAUCAAUAUCAAAUUAAAAGGUAGUGAUAAAAUGAAACCGCCAGCGACGGUAGUUAAAGCGAAUUCGUGAUUCCGACGGCCGUCCGCGAGUCGGUCAAAAUUUUAGUCUUAGCUUUUUUUCGACUUGCCUUUUUUUUUUUCCGUCUCUGGAAUAUUGUACAGAAUAUUGUAACCGUUUCUCGUAUAUAUUUUUUAUUCUGUCCAUUUUUGUUUUAUACUUUUUUUUUUUUAGUUCUGAAGUUGUAACUUUUCAUGUUUUUAAUAAUACGUUUUUUUUCUUUUAAUCGGUCUGAUCUGUGUAUCAGAUCUGUAUCUAUCUAUCCUGCUAUAAAAACAUGUCUUAAGAUUGUUUUAGUUCUUGUUCUUUUUGUUUUGUUUUGUUUAAGCAGAGCUUUAUAAUCCUGAUGGGUAACAAUCAUAACUAUGACUUUCUUUUUCUUGCCUUGGAGACGUUUAGUGUCCUGAACACCAAAUGAAUUAUUUUGAAUAACCAAAAGUAUUUUUUAAACAAAUCUCUCUUGCUGGUGAUUUCUAUUACCUUCUAUUUACCUUUUGUAAAAGGUUAUUAUUGUAUCAUUUUAUCACUCAUUUACAGUAACACACUCUCACACACACACACACACACACACACACACACACACACACUGGUGUUAAUGGCACAGAAUCUCAUAUCACAUUUGUCUUUUUAUGGCACUUAAACUGUUGAUUGCUUAUUCUUCCUCUCUCUCUCUGUCUCUCUCUCUCUCUCUCCUUUGUGUGCCUGUGGGUAAACAUGUUUUUAUAAGUGCUGUAAAUAGAGUUUUGAAUGCAUAAAGUACUUUCCUUUCUAAUUCACACCUAUUCUGCUGUUGCUGUAUGAAGUUUUGUAGCCUUUCGUCUUGUUCGUAGAAGGACAUUUUUAGUGAAUACAGAACAAAAUUUGUUUAGCGAAAACCAAGAAAACCUGCAGCUCAUGCCAAUAAAGAUGAAAUACGCCGUAAACUUGA